UUGAAAGUAACAUCAUCGCAACACCACCAAUGCUUCUUCGGGUAACAGGAUCGUCCCAGGUCCAACAAUUCUUGAUCCCACUAACUCAGUCUAUCUAUACCUUGAUCGAUGCCAACAUGGUGCGAAAGAUCCCAAUCCCUUCGGCCCUGAUUGUCCGGGGAAUGAAUCUGAUCUAUACGGGUGCUUACAUCAUUCUCAAGCCCCUCGGACUUGCUCCUGCUGCCAAUGCCUUUCUUUCAGGUGGUCUCUUUGGAUUGCUCUUGCUCCCCGUGACGGCGAUUUACUCUAUUGUCUACAUUCUUCGCGAGUUCAUCUUGCCGGCGGAAGGACUCUGGCAUGAUGCCGUUAUCUAUUCCGUGUGGGGAUUUGUGGUGUGGUACCUUUUGUCCAUUAUCAUGGAUGAUGCGCAUUGCAGAGUGGACGACACUUGCUUUAGGACACCACAAAACCAUUUUGAUAGACAGGCUUAUGAACUAUUCAAGGAACUAUUUGACUAUUUCCCCAUCACAUGUGUACCCUACUCGGAAAAAGUAACACAACAAUUAGCCACCAUGGACAAGCAGUACGUGGCGGGAGUUCAUCCUCAUGGAAUUCAUUGCUUCCCAUUGACGUUGUUGGCAAGUCCGGACACUCCCUUUGAUCAACAAUUUCCAGGGCUGGUUUCUGGAUCUGCCAAAACACCCAAGCAUCCCUUUACUGGAUUGGCCGCCACCAUCAUGUUCAAAAUUCCAGUAGUACGAGAAUUCUUUUUGGUGUUUGGAUACAUUGACGCAAGUCGACACGUGGCAGAUGCUGCUCUAGAUGCUGGCAAGAGCAUCUUUGUAGUGACGGGUGGCGAAGAGGAAUCCAUGUAUGCCACAUCUACAGGCUCGGGAGGCCAAGAAGAUAUUCUAGUCUUGAAGAAUCGCAAAGGAUUUGUGCGGCUUGCCCUGAAGCACGGGGCCAGCUUGCUACCCAUCUUUGGAGUGGGCAACAAUGAUACCUUUGUACGAUACAACUUUGCCAUGGGCUUUCGACAAUGGAUCCAAAAGACGUUCAAGAUUGCCUUGCCCAUCUUUCAUGGACGAUUCUUCACUCCUCUUCCCUACCAUACACCCAUCAAGGUGAUUGUGGGAGAACCCAUUCAUGUCCCCAAACCGACAGACACCAAUGCCAAACCCGAUGAAAAAUUGGUGAAUGAGUAUCAUCAAAAGUACAUUGAAGCACUCAAAGAAAUCCAUGCCAAGUUUGCCGAUCGGCCUCUUCGGAUUGUAUAGGUGCCGCAUGAUGAUCAGCCGGGACCAGAUACCUUACUCCUGCAUGUGAUGGCCAAGUGUGGACCAUGGGGUGUUAUCAACUGGAUUGGUGCUUUUUGAACGUUAGUAGGAUGUAGAUCUACAUAGAACCAUAAUUCUUUAUAAGGACAUUAAGUUUUGAUCGCCUUGAUCAGAAAAU